AUGAAAAAAUCUUAAAAGCCAACAAACGGGCACUCCAUUUUAACUUCAUCUAGGUAUUGCAUUAUCUUGAUAACUCUACUUAUAAAAUUAUCAAAUGAGCAGAAUAUUCAUGGAGGUAGUGAAUAUCAUCAAUCUGAAUCGAUGGACCUCUAUCGAUCUUUCGAAUAGAUAGUUACAACAAAAGGCUAUGAAUUCGAAGAGCACUUUGUUGUAACUCCAGAUGAAGUUAUUCUAAGGCUUUUCAGAAUUCCAGGUACUAAAAAUGAAAUAAAAGAAUGCAAAGAUAGUGGGGAAAAUAUUCUAAAUAAAUCGGUUGUCUAUCUUCAACAUGGUUUUUAGGAUUCAGCUGAUGGCUGGAUAGCUCAUAGAGAAAGGUUUGCUUCUGUUUAUGUAUUAUCUAGAGCGGGCUAUGAUGUGUGGCUAGGCAAUGCAAGAGGCAAUAAAUAUUCAAGAAACACUACAAGGCCUACUUUAGAUAAUAAGUUUUGGGACUAUUCAAACGAAGAAAUAGCUGACAUUGAUAUACCUACGUCCAUUGAUUAUAUCCUCAACAUUACUCAAUAAAAAAAACUAGCCAUAGUCGCACAUUCUCAGGGUACUGCCUAGCUAUUUUAUGGUCUAUGGCACAACGAAGAAUAUUUUGCUCAGAGAGUUUCAAUAAUAAUGAUGCUUGGUACUGCUUCAAGGUUGAAUACAAUGCUCUCUCCAAUUCUACAAUUAUAAGCUAAUCCCAUAAUCUAGAAAAUUUAGCAAACAAUAUUCAAAAUGGCUGACAUACAUGAAAUAAUGCACAAAUCUUCAGAAACAGCUUUGAUGAAGUUUGGAUGCGUCAAUCUAACUUUCUUUUGUAAUGAAAUGGUGAAAUACAUGGAUAAUGAGAACCCUGAAUUGAAUGAUCAAGAGAGAUAAAAGGUUAUGUAUUCUCAUUAUCCCGCUGGAAGCAGUAUCAAAUAGUACAGUUAUAUAUUCCAAUUGAUUAGGUCCGAUGAAUUUAGGACAUAUGACUACGGAGCUCAAUAGAAUUUUUUAAAAUAUGGUUAAGAGAAACCACCAAUUAUUGAUAUUUCCAAAAUUUCUAAGGUGCCUAUUGCAAUGUUUUCAGGUACUAAAGAUAUAUUAAGUGAUAUUAAGUCUACGAGAUGGGCUGCCUCAUAACUGACCAAAAGUCUAGUAUUUAACAGAGAAUAUGAAUUAGGCCAUUCAUCGUUUCUUGUAGGCAAAGAUUAUUCAUUUUUCACAAAGGAUCUAAUGAAUUUAAUGCAAAAGUAUCAUCCAGUAAGAGACUAAUGUCCUGAAAUUGAUACUGUUGCUGAUUCAUUCUUAAAUUGA